GCCGAUGGGGCGCGGAGGGACGCUCUGCGCGCGCGCUGGCGACUGUUGGGCGGGAGCGGCGCGAGACGCUGCGGGGCAGCGGCCUCAGUGCGGGCAGCGCUGAGGCGAGGCGAGGCGAGGUGAGAAACCACAGAAAUGGCAACUAUGCAAUCUAUCUUCACAUUUGCUCUCUGCAUUUUGAUGAUAACUGAGCUAAUACUGGCUACAGAGAGCUAUUACGAUAUCUUAGGAGUUCCGAAAAAUGCAUCUGACCGCCAGAUCAAGAAGGCGUUUCACAAACUGGCGAUGAAAUACCACCCAGAUAAAAAUAAGAGUCCUGGUGCGGAAGCAAAAUUUAGAGAAAUUGCUGAAGCAUAUGAAACAUUAUCAGAUGAGAAUAAACGAAGAGAAUAUGAUCAAUUUGGCCGUCACGGAGGACAAGGAAGUAAUGGAAGCCCAUUUCAUCAGUCAUCAUUCAACUUCAACUUUGAUGAUCUGUUCAAAGACUAUGACCUGUUCAGUCAGUACUCACGGUCGAAAAAGCACUUUGAAAAUCACUUCCGAAGUCAUCGGGAAGCUCACAAUCGGCAAAGACGGUCUUUCCAGGAGUUCUCCUUUGGAGGUGGACUGUUUGAUGAUGUGUUUGAAAAUAUGGAAAAGAUGUUUUCUUUUAGUGACUUUGAAAAUGCACACCGACACGCAGUGCGAACUGACAACAGGUUCCAUGGAUCCAGCAAGCACUGCAGGACUGUCACUCAGAGACGAGGAAACAUGGUUACUACAUACACAGACUGUUCUGGACAAUAAUGUUUCCUUUCUUUUCAUCUCUUCUUCUUUCGAUGCCUCCAUAAUUCUCCGUGGUUAUGUGCUAAUAUUGAAAGAGAUCUUUGAACUGUGUAUUCUUAAAAACACUUAACUGCUAUAAAGAAUUUAUAGAUGGAACUAAUUCUCAGAAUAGAAGCAACAUGCAAUUAAGAGCUAAACGCCUCAGUAACUACUUAAAAGAGGAGAGAAAUAAUCUUGCAACAGAGGAAAUUUUGUAUUUCAAUUUAGUAAGCGCUCAGUAAAUUCAUCAUAUGAUAUAUUUUUUUUAAUUUUAGAAAUAUAAUAUAAUUGUAUGCCAAUUCAGGAAUGUUUGAGUUACUGGUGCAUGGAUUUCUAGCAGUGGUGAUACUUUAUUCUGAAGUGCUGCUUUUUUUAUUAUGCCUUUCAGAUUUUCGGUAGUGGUUUUUACUGAAUGUGGACUUAGUCCACAAGUUCAACAAUUUGCACAAAAUAGCAGCGGAAAUAAAACUGUGUCUUUGCAACUUUGUCCAGCAUUGCAAAUCUGUUAGAAACAAAGCAUGUAUAUUCCAACUUAAAAACAAAUGAAAAAGGAAAUAUACUAAGAUUGUUCAUCACCUAGGAGAGCGAUGUAGGUUGAGGAUAUGAAUAACCCUUCACUCGCUUAAGGGCUAUUGAUGUAUGCAAGUUUGUGUAUGCACAUAGUAUGUUUCUUAGUCCACCUCUCCAAAACACAAAUAUCUCUUAAGAUUCAGAAGAGCAUAUUGAAUACAAUCCUUACAAUCCCGCUUUAUGCUUCUCAUAAUUAUCAUGUGUGCACUGUAGUUGCCAUAGUUCCAUUUGUUGAACUUAAGUUCUCCUUUGUGCUUUGGCAAACUUAAACAAAUAAGCUUACUUUCAGAUUCCUAGUGUUUCUGGAACAGUCUAAAUAAGAAAGAGGUUGUGUUUGGAUAUAUUUAUUACCUGUCAGCAGAGAUUAUUCAGCUUUGUGAUUUGAAAGGUAAACUCUUGGCAUAAAGGAAUAGUGAAACUGGAGGUUACAGUUCCCAUAUUCACCUAAUACUUUGUGGUGCUGGUGUCUGAUAACAGGCAGGGCUAAUAGGUAACAACUUCAGUGCUAUGGAAAUCUGUAACCAGUAUAAACUCCUUU